UCCAUGCCACUAUCGUUAUCCGUCACGUCUGGAUAAGAAGUCAAGGACUGGUAUCUGGUAUAACAGUGAAAACCAGGAAAAUCAUCAAAUAGCCUUUCACUCCAAUGAUCACAGUCAGGAGAUGCAGAAGUUUCAGCAUCGGACCCGUCUGUCUGGAGACUUGAAAGACGGUGACUGUUCCCUGGUUAUCGACAACAUCACACAGGAAGAUGAAGGGCCAUAUUAUUUCAGGAUUGAGUUUGCCGGAAGUGAUCUUUACAACUAUCAGCCUGUCACUUGGCUCCGUGUUUCUGAUUUCACAGAUAAACCCACGAUAUUCGCUGGUGAAAUUGUCAAAGGAAAGUCUGUGACCAUAACCUGCAUCUUCAACACCACGUGUGAUGGAACUUCACCCAACUUAACCUGGGUCACCCCCACAGAUGUCCCACCAUCAGUCUCAAGCAGUGUAACUCAGUGGAACAACACUCUGACAUAUACUUCUGUCCUGACCAUGACCCCAGCACCCAAACACCACGGGCAAAAUCUCACCUGCAGAGUCAGAUACCCAUCAGUUUCAUCGGAGCAGACCCUCACACUAACUGUGCAGUAUAAGCCUGAGAUUUCUCGGGACUCAGGAUGCACUCGGACCCCCGAUGUCAUCACAUGUGUGUGUGCGGCCAGAUCAAACCCACCCGGAGAGCUCACCUGGCACUUCCCCCUCGCCAACCUCAGCGGGAACCAGACGCACGGUCGUUUCCAGACGUGGCAGGUGGCAGACGGGCAGCUGGUGACUAGCUCGCUGACGAUGGGUGUGGGCGAGGGAGAGGAGGAUGUGACCGCCUUCUGUACUGUCCGAAACCAACAUGGAGAGGUCAUGUUCGCAGUUUCCCAGUGGAUGACAGGUGGGGUCUCUGCUGUCUGGAUCACUGUGUUACUCACGAGCAGUGUCAUUCUCAGUAUGCUACUGGCUGGGUUCUUCAUCUCCAGGUACAUCCCGAAUCCAACCUUCUGCUGUUCCAGACGGGAUGCACGGACCAAGGAGAAGGCCUUGGAGAUCCUGGACACGACCGUCAGCUCCACUGCACACUUGACUGCACCUCAGGACACGGAGAGACAGAGGACGAGCCAGAUCCCACUGGAAGUUUCACCAGGAACGUCCGUUGGAGAGGGGGAGGCGUGUAACCCAGUGUACGCCAACCUGCGGGACCUGCACGGUGGUGGGGGCCCUGCUCGCAGUGGGGAGACGGUCAUAUACUCAGAGCUGCACUUCCAAUCAAUCGGGCCAGCCUGAGGGGUCAGAGUGCUAGUGGGCAGGGGGUUCGGGGUGGGGGGUGUAGAGAGCCUACUGGUUCUUGGUAAGAAGGCCAAUGAUAUAGGGAAAUUUGCAACCAACGACAGAGCAGGAUCCCACAAAGCACUGGGUCCCACAGACCCGGGAUACCAACUACAUUCUCAUCAUGUUCAUUCAUAUUAGCAGAAACUAGAGACUCGUUAACUCAGACAAAUAAAAUCACAUUGCUUCUAUUCAGGGGUGGGAAGCACAGGGUGUGCAGUGAGAAGACAGAAUCACUCACUGAAUGCUGCAUGUGAUGGGGGAACUGUUGAGGGGGUAGUACAAUGGGGGUUGUGGUGAAGAGGGUGCACCACGUUGAGGAAAGGGUGGGGAGGACGAAGCACAGUGUUGUGUGAGCGGACUGUAAGGUGAGUGGAUCAUGGUGUGAGAGGGACUGUGAGGAGGGAGCACCAUGGUGUGUGAGGGGAGGUGAAGAGAGAUCACAGCACGGUGUGAGGGUUGGUGUGGACUGAGUGUCAGACUGUGUGAGGGUUGGUGUGGAGUG